AAUUGGCCACGUUCCUCAACUCCCACGUUCCUCAACUACCCCCACGACAUACUUUCUUCAUCCUCCAACCUCCCGAGAACAAAAAGCAAAAUAACUCCAUCUGUGAUUUCAACCAGGAUCCCUCUCCCUCUCUCCUCGCUUCCUUCUCCUUCACUGAGAGUGAACACAGAACAAAAAGCAAAAAAACUUCAACUGUGAUUUCAACAAGAACGCCAUCUUCCUCUGCGAGCUCCUCUGCGUUGAAUUACCCUCCAAGGUUUCCUCUUUAAUUUCUCGAUUUUAGGUUUUCUUCACCAUGGCAAGCUAGGGUUUUACUAAAUUGAUUGGCUAUUUGGGAUCGAACAGUCGAAAUCCAAGGCUUUAGUUGUGUUUUCUAAAUGUUAUUGCUAUAUAAGUUUCUUUUUUAUUAUGAAAGUCUUUUUAUAAAAAUCGAGGGUUUGUGUUGAGACUUCGCCUGCUCAAUUUUCUGCUGACGGCAAGCUUCAGAUUCAAAUGGACGGAGAGGAGUUGAGCGCUCAAGAGACUGCUCUCUACGAUCGCCAGAUCCGCGUCUGGGGCGUCGAUGAUCAAAAGAGGUUAAGCAAGACUCAUGUCCUGGCAAAUGGAUUGAAUGGCACUGCUGAGUUCUGCAAGAAUAUUGUCCUAGCUGGAGUUGGAAGUUUGACUAUUAUGGAUGACCAUAUAGUUACAGAAGAUGCUCUUAGUGCAAACUUCUUAAUCCCUCCCGCUUCGGUUAAAGAUGAAGGAAGUUCCCUUGCUGAACUUUGUUGUGAUUCUCUCAAGGAGUUCAACCCGAUGUUCGUGUUUCAGUUGAAAGAGGUGACUUGACACAGCUUGAUGACGAAUUUUUUGGACAAGUUUGAUAUUGUAGUUGUUAGUUGUUGCCCAUUUAAAUAUAAAGUACCGAAUCUGUCUUUUUUAUGGAAUUGAACUAGCAGAACUUAA